AUGGCUAUCUAUCUCGUCACUCAAGCUACCGGCCACCAGAGCCAACACACCAUCACCCAUCUCCUCGCGUCAGGCGCGAAGGUCCACGCCGUCGUGCGCAACCCUCAGAAGAUCCCAUCAGUUCUAGAACGCCCUGGCGUCACCAUAUUCAAGGGAGAAAGUACAGAUGCCGAGGCCGUAGCCCGAGCAGCUCAGGGCUGCACCGGCGUCUUCCUGAACACGUUCCCCAUCCCAGGCCUCGAACUGUCACAGGCGCAGACCAUCAUCGAGGCGUCCAAGAAGGUCGGCAUCAAGACCAUUGUCGCAUCAACGACUUUUUUUGCGCACGAAAAGGCCAUGUGGGAUACCCCGAUCACCAAGGAGACACUGCUCCACGGCUACUUCUCCUCCAAGUAUGACGUCGAGGAAGCUGUCAAGGCGGCCGGCUUCGAGGCGUACACCAUUCUCCAGCCUGCCUUUUGCCAUUUUGACUUUCUCCUGCCCAACGCGCCGCAGAACUUCCCCGCGCUCUCGACGCGCGGCGAGCUCGACCAUGCUAUGGACGACGGCGCGACGAUGCUCUACACGGACGCCGACGACAUUGGAGCGUACGCCGCCGCCGCGCUCCUCGACCCCGCCAAGUUCGACAAGCAGGUCAUCGCCAUGGGCCACGAGAACCUGACCAUGGAGGAAGUGGCGCAAAUCGUCUCGAGGGUCAGCGGCAAGACUGUCUUGGCGAAGAAGCGGAGUGCUGAAGAGAUCGAGCAGGUCAAGGACACGCUGUUCACGCAGCGCUUCCACCUCUGGGCCAACGCCACUGACUUGAGUGAGGGGGCCGUGGCUGCCAAGGCUGUGCAGGCCAAGUUUGGCAUCCCCUUCACCUCGCUCGAGGAUGCGCUGACAAGGGAGAAGACUCGUCUGCUCGAAUGUUUGGCUGUCUUGGAGAGUGUCCAGUAG